AUGAUGGUUGUCACAGUCUUGCUGGGUGGCCUGAUUACGGCACUGACCUACGCAUACUUAAGGAUCUUCUAUAGAAGACGAAAGCCCGGAGAGCCUCCAAUCGUCCAUGGUCACUUCCUGUUGGGCAACAGUCUACCCUUUACGGAGAACGCCGUCAAUUUUCUCAAUAAAUCUCGCGACAAAGUUGGAGAUGUCUUCACGUUUCGUUUACUCAACAAGUACUGGACAAUGGUGCUGGACAUUCACAGCUACGAGUUGUUUGUCAAGGAGAAAAACUUUGAUUUUAAACCAAUCGAAGAGAUGGUCAACAACAAUGUCUUUGGCUAUCACCUUGUAGACGGUAGGAAAAUGGUGGCCGAGGCAGGACAGAAAGUCAGCGGCAAAUACUUGUUUGCGACGGUGGAAACUUUCGCCAAGAAUCUUAUAGAAGCGUUUAAACAAACAUCGAAGCAGACAGACAACUGUAGUAGGAGGAAAAAUAUUACGGCAAUCAAUCAGAAAAACACUGAAAUGAAGAUUGACAAACAGGAAGUUCAUCACAGCGGAGAAUGUGGCAGUAUUGCAGACAGUGAAUUGUUCAUUGAUUCUGGGUUAAAUCAGCAGCCCGGACUACCAACAGGAGAAGUUGGUCCAGGGGCUGGUGUUUGGUGCCAGGACGAGCUUAGGAACUUUACUUCAAAGAUUUUCUUCUCUCCUGUCUUCUACACAAUCUUCGGCCGAGGCGACACAGGGUCUUCUGGAAGUUUCCACCCUCAAGUUGUCCACAAAAACUUUGAUCUCUUCCACAAAUAUUUCAACUUCCUGUUGUUCGGUCUGCCCAUCAAGUUGUUUCCCAAGGCGAUGGAAGCUGUCGGGGUUCUAGCGCAGCAGCCAUCCAGCGCUGAGAUGGUGAAUCGGAAUGGCUGUUCUGACUACAUCAAACAUUCCACACAGUUUAUGCUAAAGAACAACCAAUCAGAGCGAGACAUCAUCUGCCACAACCUCAUCUUCCUGCACAUCAACUACAACACGUUCAGAGUGGCCUAUUGGUGUCUCUACAAGCUGAUGGAGGACGAUGUUGUCAUGGCGGCUGUCAAGAAAGAAGUGGAGGAUGUUGUGGAAGCGAAAAGAACCGGCGCCAACGAAGCUGAGUAUGAGGCCGAGUUCACAGCAGACGACAUCAAUAAGCUGCCCAUUGUUGAUUCCUUCUUGAACGAGAUCAUGCGAGUGAUGUGUGGAGUGCUGAUUGCCAGGGAAUGCACAGCAGACACCAAAUUUACCACGGUCGAUGGGCGGACAUUCAACAUCAGACAAGGCGACCGGAUCGCUAUGUACCCGCCCGUCUUUCACCAUGACCCGGAAGUGUUUCAGGACCCAGAGACGUUCAAGUAUGACCGCUUUGUUGACGCCGAAUUCUUCAAACAUGGCGUCAGGGUAAAACACCCAAUGACCGGAUUUGGUUCCUUGUGUUUUGGACAGAAGCUGGCUAUGCUCCAGCUCAAAUGGUUCAUCAUCAACGUCGUCAACAGCUUCAAGGUGGAGCUACUGAACGGCGAGAGGACACUCCCAAAUAAAACCAUGUAUGGACACGAAAUCUUACCACCAACCCACGACGUCAAGUGCCGGUUCAUUCCACGUGAACGGGCCUGCACACUCAAGUUCCUCAACAACUACGGCUCUAACGGAAGUAGACAGUUGAAUGGUACUUCUUCGGGAAGCGUGUUGUGA